GACGAGCUCGCGCUCAUGGCGGCUGCACGGAGGGCGCGCGCAGUCCUGAUGCGCCCUAGUUCGUAAACGAGAGAAGAAACAAAAACGUUGAAAAUGUGGCGGGGAUAAACCAAACAGCCUUUGUUUUUACAUUUUAAAUAAUGUUUGCAGAGGCCAGUCUCUCUGUUUGGGGAUGGGGGAGUUUGGGUGUUGUCCUCUUCCUCAUCUCAUUCGGACCCUUUGCCAUCUUUUAUCUGGCCUUCUACAUCCUCUGCUUUAUUGGCGGAGGUUUUGUAGUACUACUUUUAUUUGGAAAGACACACUCAGAGAGGCAUUUGGAGAGGUGUGAACACUCCUACCUACCAUCCACAGAGACAAGCAUACUCAAGGUUUCAGAAGAGAUGAAAUCAGAGUCCAAACCUAUUAAGAUUGAUCGGCGUUUAACUGGAUCCAGUCUCAUAGAUGAACCACUGCAGCAGGUGAUCCUGUUUGCUUUGAGAGACUAUAUCCAGUACUGGUAUUACACACUAAGUGAUGAUGAGACUUUUCUUCUAGAGAUCAGACAGACGGUUCAAAAUGCUCUCGUUGAGUUUUCCACCAGAUCUAAAGAAGUGGACUGGCAGCCAUAUUUUACCACCAGACUGGUGGAUGAUUUUGCGACCCAUCUACGUGUUUUCAGGAAAGCUCAGGAGAGACUAAACGAGAGAGAGGAUCAGAAACAGCAUGGAGCGGAUGAGUUGCUGGAGUCGUUUUUCGAAGCAGAGGUAGAAAUGGAGAGAAAAAUUUGUAGAGACAUGGUGUGCAUGUCCCGCAAAGAUGAGGAAGGUUACCUGCGAGACCUCUGUGAAGUGCUGCUUUAUCUGUUACUACCUCCUGGAGAUUUCCACAACAAGAAUAUGAGAUACUUCCUCAGGGAGGUUCUGGCCAGAGGAGUUUUGCUUCCCCUAAUAAACCAGCUGAGUGACCCAGAUUACAUCAAUCAGUUUGUCAUCUGGAUGCUCCAUGACUCCAGCUGUAACUAUGAGGCCUUCUUGAACAUUUUAAAGCUGACAGAUAAACCUGCAGAGCUGGAGGCCGUCAAAGACAAAGUCAUUGAGGAACUACAGUACCUGCGAUCUCUAGACACUGGUGGAGAUGAUAUCAACAUUAGAAAGAAUCAAAUCAAUAGUUUGCUUUUUGUGAAAAAAAUCUGUGAAACGCGGAUACAACGGCUACAGUCAGGGAAGGAAGUUGAUGCUUUAAAACUUGCGGCUAACUUUGGAAAGUUGUGUGUGAUACCACUGGAGCACAUUUUGGUGCAUAACAUCGCACUUCAGUUCUUCAUGGAUUACAUGCAGCAUAUGGGCGGUCAGGCGGUUCUGUUUUUCUGGCUGACGGUGGAGGGUUAUCGGGUCACGGCCCAGCAACAGUUAGAGGUCUUACACAGCAGUCAGAAAGACGGAAAGAGGCAAAGCAGCCAGACCACUAAAGGAUUGUUGAGAGCCGCUGCACUGGGUGUCUAUGACCAAUACCUGUCAGAAAAGGCCUCUCCCAGGGUGGAGGUGGAUGAAGCUCCUUUAUCCAGAUUGGCUCAAAAACUCAACAAAGAGGAUCCCACACCGGAGAUAUUCGAUGAGAUCCAGAGAAAGGUGUAUGAUAUGAUGUUAAAGGAUGAAAGAUAUUACCCAUCUUUUAAGCAACAUCCGCUGUAUGUGCGUAUGCUGGCCGAGCUGGACAUGCUGAAGGAACCCAGCUUUAGAGGUUCUGAUGACGGGGAUGGAGAGUCGUUCAACGGCUCUCCGACAGGAAGCAUUAAUUUAUCAUUAGAUGAUCUCUGCAGUGGAAGUGUGGACGAAUUUGUUCAUCUUCACGCUUUUAUCUCCGACACGGCUGACGCUUUUCUCCACCACCUCCCUAUGGCAGGCGUGUGUAACGAUCACGGGAAGACGUACGCGCUGUACACCAUCACCGUCGUACGCAAGAGCUUGGACGGCAAUGAGGACACCUGGAAAACGUACCGGCGCUACAGCGAUUUCCACGACUUUCACAUGCGCAUCACGGAGCAGUUCGAGUCCCUCGCACCGAUUCUCAAGCUGCCGGGCAAGAAGACCUUCAACAACAUGGAAAGAGAGUUUUUAGAGAAAAGAAAGAAAGACCUGAACGCUUAUCUUCAGCUUCUGCUGAAUCCAGAGAUCAUAAAAGCCUGUCCCAUCCUCAUGCCAUACGUCUAUGACUUCCUGGAAAACAAAGCCUACAGCAAGGGCAAAGGAGACUUUGCCCGCAAGAUGGACACAUUCGUGAAUCCUCUCAGGAGCUCCAUGCGGAACGUGUCCAAUGCAGUGAAGUCCCUGCCGGACAGCCUUGCCGAGGGAGUGUCCAAAGUCUCGGCUGACGUGGGACGCAGGUCCGAGAAAUUUGGCCAGGACAUUAAACAAACCAUAUUUAAGGUGCCUCCUUUAAUCCCCAAAUCUGACAUUGUUCCUGAACACUGCCGCAUCUCUGCCCAGCUGGAUGAUAAUGUGGAUGAUAAUAUUCCUCUGAGGGUGAUGUUGUUGCUCAUGGACGAGGUGUUUGACCUUAAAGAGAGAAAUCAGUGGCUGAGGAGAAACAUCAAAAACCUCUUACAGCAGCUCAUCAGAGCCACGUAUGGAGACACAAUAAACAGGAAAAUUGUGGAUCACGUGGACAACAUGACCUCACCGGAGCAGGUGUCUGAUUAUGUGAAGAGAUUCAGAGACUCCUAUUGGCCGAACGGGAUUCUGGCGGAGACUCCGCCCCGCAGAGAAAAAAACACCCGCAUGAGAACGAGAGUCGCGGCCAAGACGACACUGUUGGGUAUCAUGCCAGACGAGUUGAAGCACAUCAUCGGGGCGGACACCAGUCGGAAAGGCAUCCUGCGCGUCUUCGACAUGUUCCAGCACCAGCCGCUGAACCGCCGGCUGGUCUACGUCUUUCUGGAGGGCUUCCUGCAGACUCUGUUUCCGCAGCACAAGUUUUCCGAGCUGUUCGUGAAGCUGCACUCCCGCUCGCCGCGCGUACUCAAAUACUCAAAGAAAAUUCGCAACUUGCAGAAGAGGUGACAGACGGACAUUUCUUUUCACCUCACUGCUGCAGGGGGCAGGAGUCCGGCCCCGCCCACCGCUGUGGCGACGUGUCAUCAGGAGGAGGGGAGGGCGUGUGCGACUCCGGUGCAUUUGGGGUUUCACUGUUGACACUUACAUGCCCCCCUUAGUAGUGCCUCCUGUCGGUUUUGGAUUAAAAUCACUGUAUCCACGCAACCGUAGCAUAGAGGAUUCAAUUUAUCAUCACAAACUCAAACGCAGGCACUCCUGUAAUGCUACGAAAGACCGAAAAGUAGCGUUUGUUGUUUUUGUUUGGCUUUUUUUUGACACUGUGUAGAUACAAAGUUUACUUUAUUUUUGGUUUAUAUUGUAUUUGGUCAAACACACCUCAUCGCAAAUACCGAACCGAUCUAUGCACCUUAAAACGCUCCUCGCAAGCCCAUCUGAGAAUCAGAGGUCAUGUGAAGAGUCGACGGAAACGUAUUAUGAUAUUGACGCAUAUAAGGUAUCCUGCCAACCAAUCAGUGACACGUUGUAGGUGGGAUCACGCGGGUCACGCAUCUCAUUAUGUGGCAGCCUUAUGCUCAUACAUACAUACAUACAUGAUACUAACUUAAUUAUUAAAACCCCACCAAACAUUAGGAGGCAAAGACACCCAGCACAAAAGUGAAUAUUUGCAUGGCUGUCUCGGACAUUCGGGUCCCUGCGUGGCAUUCAUUGCAUACGGAGAUGUGAUUUAAAGAAUGUACCUGUCUCGUGAGUUUGUGCGUGUCCUGUUUUUAAAACUCGAAUCCAAUGGAGGUGUACUUUUUACUUCUUUUAGAAAAGCAAGUGUAGCACUAAACUGCAAGUGUCUGAUACCUAAGACUGUUUCAGUGUGAGAUAUAGAUUCAGCCUUAACAGGUGUGUUAGACGUAGCUUUCCCUUCGAUGCACACACACACGCGCGUGCACCCCAACUGACUUUCAACCUGAGAAUAUGUACGUAACCCGUUUUUGUGCAAUAUUUUCUUAAAUGCAUGUUAUUUAAUCGUAGUUUUCGAGUAUAUUCGAGUAUAAAGUUUCAAAAGACCCGAUGAAACUACUCUGCUCCUAAACCACCUAACAUUCCUUUCUGUAAGUGGCUCAUGUGAAGGACUUGUUUUAUAAGUCUGGCUUUUAUCUGUAUGUCGGGGAUGUUUGUUUUUUAACAUUUUGUCUAAAAUACAAUAAGUUUAGCUUUUAGGAAAACGUGCAAAGACAUCGAGGACUCUGCUAUGUGUUGCUUUUGGCUUCACAGAUCAACAACACUCCCUCCAGUCACACUUUUUAGAUCAUGUCUUAUAUUUUAGUACCAUACUUAUAUUUUACCUUGAAGAAAUACUUUAUUUUGCUAAAGAUAAUUUUAGGAUGAUGGGAUAUGUGGCAUUUUAACAUUAUUACCAUGACAAAUACGUCAGAAUUGGGGAGCUUCUUUUUUUUUGCACACAAACUAUCGUUUUGUUUGUUUGUAAUUGUUUGUACAAAAUAAUAGUUAGCACUGAGAUCUCGGUGUGUUUCAGAUCAAACUAAUGCCAGCGCAGACGUGAGCUGAUAUUUAAUAAUAGCACUUGAACUGUUCAUUCAGUUAUUUUUAACUUAAUUGGUAGCUUUACUCUUGUAAUUACUCAAAUCUGUAACGGUUGAUGGACACAAAAAGUCUUUCUUGCUCAUUUCCUCAGUAAUGGAGCAGAUUUUAUCCUCACUAAGUGGUUGAUAUGAAUGUUUUGAUUUUGAAAUCCCCCUACAUACGAACCUAUGAAAAUGAAUUGUGCAUAUUGAUGUAUACGUGUCAGCCGUGUGCCUAACUGUACUGUCCAUUAUAUUUUCUUAUUUGUCUUUAACAAAGAAAGUCGAUUUGAAUGUCAUGGUCGUUUUAAUAGACUGAAAUGGACUCUAUGAUGGUUUAGAGUGUUUGCAUUACGCUUCUGAAACUUCAUUUUGAGCAGCUUAUCUCAGUAUAACACUAAUAAAAUUAACUCAAACUCAC